ACGUAUGUCAAAGGCAAGUUAAAUUACCGUCAAAGCUUUAUACGUCAAUUGGCAAUGUUUUGUCCAAUGUUAAAAAACAUACACAAAUCAAAAUAUUGGCACUUACGACAAAAUAUUUCUCUGAGUUUUUUCUUUUUAAAAAGUGAAUUAAGUGAGACUGGCGGUAGAAAUGGAUGCAUUAAAUGGGUUUGAACUGCUAUUAGAUGCCGCUAUGUAUUCUUCGUCAACCCAAAGCGGAAGGUCUCUGAACAAAUCGGAAAAGGAUCUAGUGCCAAGUGUUGUAGCUUUCUUCGAAGAAGUAGCUACCACUAAUGUUUCUGGACAAAACUGGCUUUCUGGAACACAAACGGCCUAUCCGAUGCGUGAUGUCUCCAACUUCUGUGGUAGACAUGAAGAUUCUUAUUGGAGUAAUAAUAUCACCAUUAGCAAUGUUAUUGCCUCGACUCCAAUCGGCAAUCGAAACGAACGAACGAAAUUAAAUGUUUCCCUUGGCUUGUCAUCGUCAGCUACGAUAUCUUGUGCUCCUUCCUUUAAUGGAAUCGAAAAUAUGUUCAACGAGCCACUGGAUUUACGGACCGAACGAAAGAUCGAACAAAAAAGAACUAAUCCCACGUUCUUUGAGGCCUUAGAUGUACGAGCCGAAUGUAAAUUAUCCCAGUCGAAAAGCACUGUUGAUUGUAGUGCAGAAGAAACUGGAAAUUGUUCCGAAGAUUCAGACUGGAUUCCAGAAGGAGAUGUUACAUUGUUGAACGAUUUUACUAUUAACGAAUGUUUCGAGAAAUAUCGUUACAAUUUAUCGGACGCCGAUGAAAGUGAAUAUGACAUUGACGAAAAUAUACCUACAACAGCUGUGCGACAUUAACAUUAACAUUCAAUAAAUUAUUAUUUCUAAAAUUGUUUACUUUUCUUGCUGCUUAGGUAAUAAAUUCACGCAGGCAGUAUUCACGAGUUUAUUCACUACCCGACAUAUGGAAGUCGAUAGUGUGCAUGCAGCUAUUGAACGAGCACCAUUAUAAAUAUCGAAACCCCCCGAGAAUGGGAGCUGCUCAUAUCAGGUAUCCGAAGAACAAAACCAAUCCAAGUGAUACCAAUGAAUUUGAAUGAUUUUUUGGAUAUAAAAAAUUUAGAAGAACGAUAUACUAUUCCAAAAACUACAAUGUAUGGAGUAAAUUUUAAAUUCAAAAGUGCAAUGGUAUUUGCAUAUAACUCCAAACUCCUGCGGUUCAAAUACGUUAUCAGUUAUUCAAAUUUUUCAUACAUCUAAAUUAAAACCGAAAGGGAAAUUGAUGAGGCCUAUCGAGACCAGUUUGAUUCCACUAUCUACAGCGAAGUUGAACGAUUUAAAAAAAACUAUUACAUUAUUACAUUUCUUCGAUGUUUGACUCCUGCAAAGAAAUGACGAAACCCGAAUAGAAAUAUACCGGACGAUU